CGGGUGUGUGUGUGAAUUCCUCAUAUACUGUAUUCCUGUGCUGUUUGUAAUCCAAUUGGGAAGGACUCGCCUCCUAAUAGGAGAGAAGUCAAUCGGCGCAUAAUUAGUGGGCAAAUCCAACACCAGUAAAAUCUCUCUCUUUCUCUCUCUGUAUUCCUGAAGAAACAAAAAUAACCCUAAUUCUCCUUUUUUUAAGAAGCUGAAAUGUGAAGGCACAAAGUUGACCAGUGGAAAAAGAGGCCCCUCAAUGAAUGCGGUUUUCUCUGUGGGAUUAAAACAGGUUAAUAAAUACCUCUUUGGUCAGGGCAGUGGCUAGCCUUUGAAAAGGCAGGAGGGUCCCAAGGCCUCCGUCUUCUGACAGAAGAGGAGACAUGGCCUUGAAAGCCAUUUCCCUGAGCCACGUCCCUAGUGGGACACCCCUGAAGGACUUGGUGAAAUUCCAGCCGGGCGACUCUUUGGGAUCAGCUUCAGAAAAAGCAGUUUUUCCUUCAGCGGUUCUUGCCUCCAAGAACAUGAAUUUGGGGAAAGAGGGUGAAAGAGGAGAAAUCCUCCAGUCCACUUUAAUCGUGGGUGGCCUCCAUGCGGAUGGGCUCCUGGACUUGACUGCGAUCACACCAGCUUCGGAAGAAGGGAGGCCACUUUCCCCCUGUGUGAAGCCAGAACAUGGGCUACUGGCGAGGAAUGCCUUCCUCAAACGUAAAGCUUGUGAGCCUUUAUCUCUUGAGUCUCCAGCCAAAAUCUUUUCAAGAAUGAAGACUAGGGCUGCUCUGGCCAGACAGCAGAAGAAACCUCUAGAAAAUAAACUGUUAGCCGUCAACAGCACCACAGAUUAUAUCCUCACACCUGAAAGGCAUCGGUUCUCUUUGGAAAGCAAGAAAUUGGAAGCUGAAGGUGAAAAGCCCAAGGAAUCGCAAGCUGAGGAGCCACUUGGCGAGGCAAACGUAGAAAAAGGGCCCUAUCUUACUGCAGGGAACAAAAUUUGUGCAGCCACAGGCUCUGAGGUGUUGGAAUCCCCUCACAAGUUCUUCUCACGCGUGAAACAGAAGUUGCAGCAGAAAGGAGAUGCUCCAGGGGGCCAGGCCAAGGGGAGCGACCUCCUUCCGGCUGCAGCAAAGCCUUCUUUGACGCUAUCGGAGCCAGUCCAACCUUGGAAUGAACUUAACAAAGAGAGUCCCGAUACGACUGUCCAUCAGGACGACGCGUUCCUUGUGGAACCGGCUGAACUGGGCAAUGAAACCUUCAGGGUGGCCACUGAUGCUCCGGACGUGAACAGUGGCCCUCUACAAGAACAAGAAAUGGCCCCGGGAAGGCCUUCUUUGCAGCCAUCCAAGCAGACAGCUGGCCAAAGAGGACUGCCCGCGUUUGGUGCUGGGCCUCCGAGGCCUUCCCAGCACUUGUGCGACAUCAUUUUUGCUACUCCCAAAGUCCACAUACCAAGGAAGCCAGGAGCAGGAGAGAACCCUCCCUUGGAAGGCACCGCCAGUGCCGGUGCAGGCAAGGAGGAGAGGCCAAUAAUAUGUCUCAGUGAAUGGAGAAUCAAAGUGAUCCAGAACAACACUGCAGUCUGCUUGGAAGGAAAACGGAGGGAUAUGGAAGACAUUUACUGGCACAGCAACGCAAUUGUGGAGCGAAUGGCACAUAACAAAGUGAAAACUUUAUCGGGAAACGUCUACUUGUUGGAAGGGCGGAUAGACGCCACCACCAUGAAGAAGGAAGGAAUCCCAGCGACUUUCAUCAAAAGGUUUGCGUCUGGAAUUCCAAGAAACUGGAAGAUGUUUGUCGAUGAUCUGCUCCUUCAUCUCAGGAGGAGAGACCGGAGAACUAUCCAUUUAAGUGAGAAGAGCAAUGAAAGAGAGGAUUCUGUGGAAACGGAGGAUUUGGGACGGGAAGAUCUGCCCCGGAAUAUGGAGGAAGCGUCUAAAAUGAAGAAUACGACUUAUGAAGUAGUGGAACUGAAGAGUACCAAGAAGCUUGGUCAGCCGCGAAAAGCACCCUCUGUGCAGAAUGACCACAGCACCAGUUUCACCCGCAGUGGCCGCCGUGUGAAACCCCCCCUGCAGUUCUGGUGUGGCGAACGGAUUCUUGUGGACCAGGCGUUGAACAUCACGGUGACCAAAGGGAGCACCAACUACUUGUCUCCUAUAGUGAGCAGCAGACGACCUCAGAGCAGGGGAAAUUGCACCUCGUCAAAGGAAGACGAAACGGGCCACCUGAAGGCCCCCAAGGAAGCAUCUCCGAGCCAAGCUCAAGGAAGAACUAGUACAAGAGCUGGGAGGUUCCCCAGCGACAGUGAGCAUGGAAAUAAACAAAAUUCACGCCGUUUUGUUUCCGAUUCCGAAGAGAGCGACUGCGAACGUAUGAUUGUGGAUGCCGGCAGGAAAGAGGCUGUCGUUGCCUUGACCCCACUGAACCUUAAGAAGCUGUGCGGAAAGAACUCAGGGCACGUCGGCCACUCCCAACGAGAGUCAACUGUGGUGAAGCAAGGAAGAGCACCAAACGGCCUUCGAGCAAGCAAGGCUGCUGGAGAACCGGCCCGUUUCAAAUACCCACUCAGGUCUCUGAAAAAAAUGCACCAAAACGAGCCAGUGGUGGAGAGCUUUCCCACCACCGAGGAAGACACCUCCACUGAAGACAUUCCACGUAUUAAGAGGAAAACACAGCCCUGUUCUAAAAGAGAGGCACUCCGCAGGGUUCAGAGGGAUGCAAAGAAGCCAUCGUCUGAUCCGAGGGGAACAGGGAAUCCUCCUCCGAGCGGCAGGAUGAGGGUUUCUUGCUCUGGGCAGUUAGAAGAACUCCCUCGCAGGAGCCCCUCCCCAGACCCGGACAGAGGGUCUCCUGGGCUCGAGAGGCGGAACAAAUGGGGCCUGCAGAAAUCUCAGAAGUUUGUCUUUGAAUCGGAGUCUGAAAGCGAAGCAGGUCCUGAAGAGCCCCGGCUCAACCCAGGAAAGCAAACAGGAGCGGCCCCGAGGGCCAACGGCCACCUUUCCCACGGUAAAGAACACUUAGCCGCCCCGGGAAGGACCCUUGGCCAGAGGCGGCCGUGGAAGGCCGUGGAUCCUCUUCCGGAGGUUAGCGAGGACUGGUCGGAGAAGGAACUGCAGAAGCUGCACAGGGCCGUGGCUUCUUUCCCCAAAUACAAGAGUGGCUUCUGGAUGGAAGUCGCCAAGAGCGUGGGGACGAGGUCGGCUGAAGAGUGCCAGCAGAGGUACAUGGCAGAGCAGGAAAAGGGCAGGAAGCGGGCCCUCGCCAGGACCACCAAGCCUGGGAAAAAGGAGGACAGAGGCGCAGUGGAGGAAGGGGCCCGGCAGCCCGUCCCCAUCGUCGCCAAGGUGGGAACGCUGAAGCGGAAGCAGCAGAUGCGGAAGUUCCUUGAACAGAUGCCCAAGGACAACCACGACGACCUCUUCACGGCCACCCCCUUCCAGAACAAGAAUCGCAAAUUGCCACAGUUCCACACGGUCCCCGAGGAAGACAUCUUCCAGCUCAAAGACAGUCACCCCACCACACCUUCCUCUGCCCUCUUCCCGUUGGUGAAGACCCCCCAGUGCGAGCACGUCAGCCCAGGCAUGCUGGAAUCCCUUGACAGGGCAGACCGUGACAAGCAGGUCUUCCGCUUUCAGAAGAACAUCAGAGGCAAGGAGUCCACCUGGCAGAACGUGAAGAAGAAGAAGGCGGCACAGACCAUCUCGGCGACUCCCACUUCCCGAAAAAAAAAGUUCUUUCAAUCCGAAGGUCCCCUGGUUUCUUCUGGGCUGGGGCGGCUCUUUCCAGGGAAUCCACGACUGGAAUCGGAGGAAGACGAGGAGGAGGAAGACUUCUACUUUUCUUCUUAGCCAGCCUCCCCGCAUCUCUCGGCUUCGUUGCCCUCUAUCCCGUAUAAAAGCCAGCGCUCCGGGCCCCUGCUCAAAGCCAGGGUGUUUUCUUGUUUUUAAUGAACAACCAAGGGCCUUUGCGUGUUUGAUUCUAAUGUUGCAGAACAGAAUGAAAUGCUUAUCUUGCUCAUGUCUUCCCUGUGUGCUCUGAAGAGCUCUGAGCCAGGGGGACAGUGGUCCACUUCGGUCUUCCCCCAGCAAUGGGCCGUGUAAAGAGGCCUUAGUUCUGGAAACUGCUUGUUUUUUUUUUUUAAGAAGGAAAAUAAUGUUUUUAAAAGUUGCUGUGUAAUAAACCCCCAAGAGAAUGUUUUACAAUUGAAUUUCCUGCACAAAGAACAGUGACUCUGUAUUUUUGUAUUAAA